ACUCUACUAAAAUAAUCAAAACCAAGAGACAUAUAUCGACAUUUUUUUUUAAAACAUUAUAAAUAUGAUAAAGUUGUCACGAGUUUUUUUUUCUUGUACUCAAACUCAAUCAAGUAAACGCAACAUAAGAUAGAGAGCAGAAGAAUGAUUUACAGAAAAUGGAGUUUGCUCAGCAGCACCGCCGUAAUCACCGGCGGAAUCAUUAGCGCGGUCGUCGUCGCUAAUCUUUUUGUAUCUCCUAAAGAUUCUUUUUUGAGGCCAGAAUUGAAGAAACAAAAUGAAUCUUUACUGAAGUAAAUGGGUUUCUCAGCCACUUCUUUGAGCUAGAAUUUGUCCCAGGUUUCGUACGAUGUUGAUUUUCAUGUAAUUGAAACUGCUAAAAGCGUCGUUUUUUAGCUAAAUAAACUUUACCGUUUGAUCAAAGACAUUCAUUGUUAAGCAUCUAAUGCCUACAUUCAUGGCCAAAGUGCACAUUGGAUGUUUGUUUCUCUCAAUUUAGAGCUGAAGCGAGAACUUGGAAUCUGUUCAUAAUAAUAUUGAGCUUCAUCAAGGAUUUGCUGUAAUUGCAGCUUUUCAUCUAUUACAGAUUUGUAUGAAAACUCCAUAUCAUACCGCAAAACACAAUGAUAAAUCCCUUGAAUGCCUGAAAUGCGGUUUUUUACACAUUUAUAAUGCGGGUAGUAUCAACCUGAUAGAUUUGAAACCUUUACAACUCAACCGAUACAAACUAUAAGACCCUUUUUUUAACUAUGUACGACAUGAAGUGUCUACAUCUUGAAUUCAAAUAAAAAAUGUUGAGUUCUAAUUUACAUAUAUUUCCAUUUAAUUGAAUAAUGCAAUUUCACAUUUUUUUCUGAAAGUUAAACAAGCUAUUGAAUAAUACUUUAUGUGAUACUUUUGAUAUUUCAGAUCGAGCUUUCAUGUUGGUCUUCCUUGAGACAAUUUUUAUUUUUUUUGGUUGGUAAAAAAAAUAUGCUAUUCUGAACUAGUCAAUUUUCUGGGGCCACAACUCUUUAAUUAGCCAUUCUUAUCCUCUUAUCUAUCAUUCCUGGCUGGCAACCAGAAACUCAGGCUGGAAAAUUUAGAAAUGCUACUCUCCUACACCAUUACACCUGCAGCCUGUUACUCCCGCCCUCGAACAUCUAGCUACAAACAUCUGCCGCCUUGUCCUCCUCCUCCAGCCACCGUCCUUCGUUUUCACACACUAUACCGUGAAAAAUUAACCUACCUAAGAAACCUCGGCAUUGCAGAUCUUAAUACCAAAAGCACCAAUAUCCGCUCUCAUGAAACAUUGGAUCAAAUUCUCUCCAUCAUCGACUACCUAAAAUCGAAAGGCUUCUUAGACAGUGAUAUUCCGGAACUUGCUUCUGAUUGCCCUAAACUCUUUUCGUCUGGCCUCGAGCCAGCUGAUGUUGAACCGGUUUUCCGUUUCUUGGCUACUGAGGUUCGUGCAUCAACUCCUGAAUCUCGUGGACUCGUUCUCUGCUGUCCCGAGCUCUUGUUUUCUAAUGUUGAGUAUUGUUUGAAGCCAACACUCGCCUUUCUCACAAGUAUAGGACUCGAGAAGCUGAACUCUCCCACUAAUCUCAACGCUCAUCUCUUAAACACACGCGUUGGUAAGCUUGAGGCCAAGAUUGAGUUCUUAAUGAGCAUCGGGUUUACUUAUGAAGAGUCGAUAAAAGCGUGUGUGCGGUUGCCCGCUAUUUUUGGUUAUAGCAUUGAAAAUAAUAUGUGGCCAAAGGUUGAGUAUUUGUUGGAUGGGAUGCAAAGGAGUAUUGAAGAAGUAAAAGAAUUUCCUCAGUACUUUGCUUUUAGCUUGAGAGGAAGAAUAGUGCCAAGAUAUAUGCAUUUGAAGCAAAGGAGUGUUCACAUCUCUUUGAAGAGGAUGUUGUUAUGUGGUGAUGAUAAGUUCUAUGCUAAGUGGAAAUGAUUCUUUUUUGAAGUAUGUUUGGAAACCAUUUUUUUAUUCGAGGUUAAGGUCAAAAGGGGAAAUUAAUUUUGAUUAAGGCGGUGAAAAUCAAACUCUUUUUACUCUGAUGAAAGAGAAAUUUAAGAUUAGAAGGAAGUGAAGUAAAAAUUGACGUGUUUUUUUCUUUUUUAAGGUCAAAAAGAUUUAUUUUGAACAAAUUAUAAAGAAGUUAUUGUUAGAAGUAUGAAUGCAGAAGUAUGAAUGCAUAACUGUAGUAAAUAGUGUAUGAAUAGUAACCACAUGGUAUUAUAAAUAUGUGCAUCUUACUGUAUUGUUUGAUACACAAAAAUAUACAAGUUUAUUAAUCUAUUAUACUACUCUUCUCUCUA